ACAAGGAUGGUUAGUUUUGGCCGUGCAUAUUUGUGCCAUAAAAAAUUCGAUCCUAAUUGGCAGCUAUUUGGGUGUUUAUAUCUGCCAACCUCCCGUUUUUUAACUGUGGUCACUAAAUGAAGGGGUUCUGGCCUGGGAAGGCUUAUGUAUUCCUUCAACUGAAUGGGGAACGAAGACAAUGUUCUCUGACAAUCUCGAGAACAGGAGGGAAUGUUGACCCGGGAGCACCCCGGCGGCCGAGCCAAGUAGCAGGAACUGGAGCCCGAGCUGAGUCCGAAAAAAGCCGGAUCCAGACUGGUGCUCCGGCACUGCUGGGAGAGGACGAUGGAGGAGCCGGAGGAACCCGCGGACUGUGGGCAGUCGCUACGCCCGGUUUACAUCUACAGUCCCGAGUAUGUCAGCAUGUGUGAUUCCCUGGCCAAAGUCCCAACGGGUAAGAGAGAUUGGGAUGAAAGACUGUGGGCUUUUGGGUGGGAAUCGAAGGGCUUUCGGACGCGGAGAGGAUACUGGGCUGCCAGUAUGGUACAUUCUUUGAUUGAAGCAUAUGCACUGCAUAAGCAAAUGAGGAUAGUUAAGCCCAAAGUGGCGUCAAUGGAGGAGAUGGCCACCUUCCACACUGAUGCCUAUCUGCAGCAUCUCCAGAAGGUUAGCCAAGAAGGAGAUGAUGAUCAUCCGGACUCCAUAGAAUAUGGGCUAGGUUAUGACUGCCCAGCCACUGAAGGAAUAUUUGACUACGCAGCAGCAGUAGGAGGGGCCACAAUCACAGCUGCCCAGUGCCUGAUUGAUGGAAUGUGCAAAGUAGCAAUUAAUUGGUCCGGAGGGUGGCAUCACGCAAAGAAAGAUGAAGCAUCUGGAUUUUGUUAUCUCAAUGAUGCUGUCCUGGGAAUAUUACGAUUGCGACGGAAAUUUGAGCGUAUUCUCUACGUGGAUUUGGAUCUGCACCAUGGAGAUGGCGUUGAAGAUGCCUUCAGUUUCACCUCCAAAGUCAUGACGGUGUCCCUGCACAAAUUCUCCCCAGGAUUUUUCCCAGGAACAGGUGAUAUGUCUGAUGUCGGCUUAGGAAAGGGACGGUACUACAGUGUAAAUGUGCCCAUUCAAGAUGGUAUUCAGGACGAGAAGUAUUACCACAUCUGUGAAAGUGUGCUGAAGGAGGUAUACAUAGCCUUUAACCCCAAAGCAGUGGUCUUGCAGCUGGGAGCUGAUACAAUAGCUGGGGAUCCCAUGUGCUCCUUUAACAUGACUCCAGUGGGAAUUGGCAAGUGUCUUAAAUACAUCCUUCAGUGGCAAUUGGCAACGCUCAUUUUGGGAGGAGGAGGCUAUAACCUUGCCAACACAGCUCGAUGCUGGACAUACUUGACCGGGGUCAUCCUAGGGAAAACACUAUCCUCUGAGAUCCCAGAUCAUGAGUUUUUCACGGCAUAUGGUCCUGAUUAUGUGCUAGAAAUCACGCCAAGCUGUCGGCCAGACCGCAACGAGCCCCACCGAGUCCAGCAAAUCCUCAACUACAUCAAAGAAGCACACAAUGGGAUUUUUUUUAACCUAUUGGAAAUCAAACUUGAGGAUGUUCAUCUUAGAGAGAUGCCUUCCAUAUGCCACAGGCUGACUGGAGAAACAGGAGAAUUUAAACCUCACCUUAUCCCGUCUUUACUGUCCAUUAGUCUUUCCGAGAAAACAAAAUUAAACCAUGGAGAGUCCAUUUAAGCUAUUCCCUUUAUACAGAGAAAAGCGCU